AUGGACGAGAGCGAGCGUUUAGCAUCCAGAAGGUUCUGCACGAGGGUCUCGACGGGGACUGGCUUGGUUGAGAGGGGUGCCGGCGACGUCCUCGACGAUCUACUCGACGACUACCUCGAAUCCCCCAGUUCUCACCACAGCCAUGAACCUCCUGCUAGAGUCGAGAAAUUAAAGCUUGAAGUCCACCCGCCGGAGCCCUCCAGGCAACUGUCCAUUCCUUUCGUCCCGAGCCCCUCGGCCAUCUCGUUCACUUCCAGCAACUCAAGGCCAGUAACCCCCAAUUCCAACGCGUCAAGGCCGGUGACGCCCAAUUCCAACUGGUCGAUAUGGAAGGCAGCCGUCGACGAGACUAUUUACUUCGCAGGCGGCCUGAUCUCUCACCCGUUCGAGUCGACCAAGCAUUACACCAUCCUCCGACACUCCGCCGGGUUGGUCAUGUACCGAGGGCCGUCUACGAGUAUCGCGAUCACCAUCUUUGCUGAUAAACCGCUCCCGGCCGACCGUUCCCUCUGGCUGCAGCGAAAGGGGUUCUCUGGGGAUCUGGGUAUGGCUGCCAGCGCUCUGCUCCGCACACAGGGGGACUGGAUCGACGUCACCCCUUCGCGCGAAGCCUUGCCUUCCGACAUCCCUGCCUCAGACGAGCGGGCGUGGCAAAGGGACGUGAAGAAGUUUGUAAAGAAGGCUGCCUCUCGAAAAAGCAUAGCCAAGCACACCAUCCGCGAGACGUGUAUUGUGCGAAUUCCCGCCUCUGCCGAGGACGGCUACUUGCGCAUUGUCAUGUGCACGGGCGAGGGGUCUAAGAAGACGCUUUGUCCGUCGCCCGUCUUCCGCGUAGCGAGUACGUCGUCCGACGUCAGCGUGAUGCGCGGCGCGAGCCUGAAAACUAUGCCAAUCGAGAUCGGGUUGAAGGUGGCCUCCAUAGUAGGCCAAAAUACCGUCGACAGGUUUAUUGGGCCGGCCAGAGACAUCAUACAGAGCCAGGUUGAGAGGAUUCAAGACAAGGUUGAGCAAUUGCAGCCGGGAUUCGUAAAGCAAGAAGUCGGGAUGAUAGCCUAUGCACGAUCGGGGCUACAAGAUCGGUUCGGCUCUUUGGAGGAAGGGUUCGAUGCUACGAGAGAUGUUACAUAUGAGCCGUUCCACGCGGAAGGGGACUUGGAGGCGCCGCCCGAGAUAGUUGGCGCCGACAGUGGGCCCGAGAAACCAUUCCCCAUCUCCUUGAGGGGCAAGGUUAUCGAAGGAACCGGUCGAAGCUGGUCUGAAGUCGGCGUACCUACGGCGAACUUGUUCGGGGUACCUGAGGAUAUGCUUCUGCGUCUCAAAGGUGUAUACAUGGGCUGGGUUGCGGUCCAGGGGUUCGGAGACAUAUCGGAUGCCUGGCACGAAGCCAUCAUUGUCGUCGGCCCUUCACCUUACGCGACGCCCCGCGUUAUCAUCAAAAAUGUCGUCGCUGUUCACAUCAUCCACGACUUCGGAGGAGCCAGAUUUUUCAACGCCAAUCUGCAGGUCGUGAUUAUGGCGUAUCUGAGGCCUACGCCGCUGGUAGACAGGUCGCAACCACUUCCCACAAUCGCCGCCACGGUCGCACAGGACAUCAACGUCGCAGUCGCUAGUCUCAGUCGCGAGAACUGGCAAUGCGACAUGACCAUCCGGAGGGCGCAGACGGAAAAGAACGCGAGGACUAUCGAGGAGAGAUAUAUUGAAGUGAGGUCCCAAAUUCAAAAGCGAGUCAAUAGUGUUCCCUUGCAUCGUGCAGGCGUCCGCACUGCCGGGGCCGAGCUCAAAGAUGUAGCCCACGGCAGAGGCGGCUUAUACAUACGCAGAUGA